UAUGGCAUUCAGCGAAUUACCAAGUUUAAAGAGCAAAAGUGAAAUAGAUGAAGCUAUUAUGAAUACAAAAGAUUUGGUUUUAGUAUUAAGAUUUGGUAAAGAAGACGACGGAGAAUGUAUGAAAUUAGACCACGUGCUUUCGAAAGCCGCCCCUUUGUUGACAAACAUGGCAAGAAUUUAUCAGAUUGACGUUAAAUCGUCAGAAGUAUACAAUAAUUACUUUGAUAUUAGCUACAUUCCUGCUACAAUCUUUUUUUUUAAUGCUCAACAUAUACGAAUUGAUUGGGGCACACCGGAUCAGACAAAGUUAAUAGGAAGUUUAUCAAGUAAACAAGAAGUGAUUGAUGUCGUUGAAACAGUUUUCAGGGGUGCUAUGAAAGGGAAAAUGAACUUAACUAGUCCUUUAGACAGAUCUACAGCCAACCAUUACGAUAUGCUAUACAAUAACAUAUAA